ACCUAGCAGCCGUAGUUGGCCCAGGGGCCGGUGGUGGGGAAUUGUGGGAGAAGAUGGCGGCCGCCGUUCAUCCCCGGGUUGUCCGAGCCCUGCCAAUGUCACGUUCUUCUAUUGCUGCUCUCAAUGCAUUGGUGUGCCAUGGCCCUGCCCAGCGCCAGAUCCACCAUGCCGUCAUGCCUCACGGGAAAGGGGGGCGUUCCUCGGUCAGUGGGGUUGUGGCCACUGUGUUUGGAGCAACAGGCUUCCUGGGCCGAUACGUAGUCAACCACCUUGGUCGGAUGGGCUCACAGGUUAUCAUACCCUAUCGGUGUGAACCAUAUGACGUCAUGCACCUUCGCCCUAUGGGUGACUUGGGCCAAAUCAUCUUUCUGGAGUGGGACGCGAGAAAUAAGGAUUCCAUCCGGAGGGCUGUGGAGCACAGCAACGUGGUCAUCAACCUAGUUGGGCGAGAAUGGGAAACCAGAAACUUUGAUUUUGAAGAUGUUUAUGUCAAGAUUCCCCAGGCAAUUGCUCAAGUGUCCAAGGAAGCCGGGAUUGAAAAAUUCAUUCAUGUUUCACACCUGAAUGCUGAUAUUAAGAGCUCUUCUAGAUACCUGAGAAACAAGGCUGUUGGAGAGAAAGAGGUGAGAGAUGCCUUUCCAGAAGCCAUCAUCAUAAAACCAUCGGACAUCUUUGGAAGAGAGGACCGAUUCCUCAAUUAUUUUGCAAAUAUCCGCUGGUUUGGUGGUGUGCCUCUCACCAACCUGGGCUUGAAGACAGAGAAGCAGCCCGUGUAUGUUGUAGAUGUGUCCAAAGGAAUUAUUAAUGCAAUUAAGGAACCAGAUGCCAGAGGAAAAACUUUUGCCUUUGUUGGGCCAAAUCGGUACAUCCUUUUCGACCUGGUGCAGUACGUCUUUGCCAUGGCUCACAGGCCCUUCCUCCCGUACCCCAUGCCCCGUUUCGCCUAUCAGUUGAUAGGACGGCUCUUUGAAAUGAACCCAUUUGAGCCCUGGACAACGAGGGAUAAAGUGGAGCGGGUUCACAUCACAGAUAAGACCUUGCCUCACCUGCCUGGCUUGGAAGACCUUGGCAUUCAGCCAACAGCCCUGGAACUCAAGGCCAUUGAGGUGCUGCGGCGUCACCGCACUUACCGCUGGCUGUCGAUGGAGAUUGAGGAUGUGAAGCCGGCCAAGACUGUCAGCACUCAGUGACUGCGCGCGGCCCUUGGUUUUUGGUUGUUGGUUGGGUCACCUGGCCGCUAACAAGUGCUCUUUCGUCAGAGUCCUGUACAUAGUGAAUCAGAUCCUUCCAUUAAAGCAUCUGAGCUUAAA